AUGGCUGAUGAUAGUAGUACAAUAGUGUUUUAUUUAAUAUGUGCUGUGAUCUUCCCAUUUCUAAUGUUUUCUUGUCAUUGGUUUAACAAAUCGAUGAGACAAUAUAACCAGGAGAGAAGAGAGUUUGAAGAACAGCAGCAAAGAAAUUCUUCAGGAAAUAUUCCAAGUUAUCGAUUCUCCGUGUACACAGUCGAAAAUGGACGGAGAACAUUAGUUAAUUAUGGUUCAAACAUGCCUCCGUCUCCAAAUUCUCCAUCAGCACCUCGCAUAAUUAUGGAACAUGAACUUCCACCUUCUUAUGAUGUGGCAAUAAAAAUGCAUAAAAUUGAAAGCACUCCAAACACGUCCGAGUCUACCGAACCGCCAAGAACUGGGAAUUAAUUGUGCCACUGGAAACAAAUCAAUAAACAAAAAAUAAUUCGC